AUGGGUACUUAUCGUAAACGCUUCAACUCCAAAGCGAGGGCAGGUCAAAUUGCUAAACAGAAUGAGCUAAAACGAGUAAGAAAUAAGCAAUUCUUUCGGGACUUGGAAAAUGAGCCGGAGGAAUCGACAGGAAGGUGUGAACCGUUGGAGUCACCUAAUGAUCCAAACAGAGAAAUACUAGCACCUCUAACUGGAGAAGAAAAGGAACUUAAGAAGCGCAAAUUAGCGGAACUUUUCACGCCGACAGACACAAAAAUUUCAAGACUGAAGAAGAAGAGACUGGACAAAUUCAUCGAGCAUCAGUUAAAGAGGGAAGAGAAAAGGGUCUUAAUUGACAAAUUACAGGACUACAAAAUAGACACAUCUAUUCUAACUAGUUCUAAAAGGUUAGGUCUUGGCAAGCAAACAAAGAAAGAGGAAUUUGCGGAAGCUUUGAAGCUAGAGCGCGAAGGGAGGGGAGACGACCACACGAAGGAAAUUCUUUACGAGGAACACGAAGUAAUGCAGUGGGAAUCUAAAGGAGAUGAGUCAGCUGAUGGAGAGUCCAUGCAAAAAGGUGCGUUUGUGGACAACCGACCCGCGAAGUUUGGAGGAUCUGGUAUUGGGUUUGGCUUCGCCAAUGUAAAUGUAGUGAAGAAAAGCCGACAGGGGGCUAAGAAGCGAUACAACUGGAAAGAGCGGGUUCAAAUGGAAGAAGGUCGUAGAUUGAAAUUAGACGAAGAGGGCGACUUUGAUUCCAGUACCAGUGAGUCGGACGAAGAAGCAAGCGAAAACGAAGAGGAAGUGGCUCGAGAUUUGGAUUUAGAUGAAGGAUCAGUUUCUGAGAAUGUUGAGUCAGAGAGUUUAAAUGGUUCAGAAAGCGACAGGGAUCAACAGAGCACAGCAGCCGAUGAAUUCAAAAAUUGGGCAAAUAACCAAAUUAAAGAACUCGAAGGCCGUACUGUGUCAUUGGAAACACCAAAAUUGAAUUUUGAGUACAAGCCAGUAGUGAGGCCCGAGGACAUGGAAGAUGGCCUACAUGAGGACAUUGUCCCGUUGGACACAAAUUCUAAGAGAAAAGCGCUGUAUGUCAAAAUUGAAAGAGCUCCUGAAAUUCAGGAAUCCAGGAUGAGACUCCCUGUUUUUGGUGAAGAACAAAGAAUAAUGGAGGCGAUUCAUCACAACGAUGUUGUCUUAGUGUGUGGUGAGACAGGCUCGGGAAAAACUACGCAAAUACCACAAUUCCUUUACGAAUCCGGCUAUGGAAAUUUAGAGUCUUCGGAAAGCCCUGGCAUGAUUGGCGUAACUCAACCUCGUAGAGUUGCAGCCAUGUCGAUGGCACAAAGAGUAGCCGUUGAGUUAGGGGAUAAUGGAUCAAAAGUUGGUUAUCAGAUUAGAUUCGAUACAUCUCUGUCAGAUGAAACUAGGUUAAAAUUCAUGACUGAUGGUGUUCUAUUAAGAGAAAUGAUGAAAGAUUUCAAACUCUUGAAAUAUUCCGCCAUUAUCAUCGAUGAAGCUCAUGAAAGAAACAUCAAUACAGAUAUUUUGAUCGGUAUGCUUAGUAGGUGUGUGAACCUGAGAGCCAAACUAAAUGCUGAAAAUCCUGACACAUGCAAAAAACUAAAAUUGAUAAUUAUGUCCGCCACUUUAAGGGUUUCGGACUUCAGUGAAAAUCCAAAACUAUUCAAAGUACCCCCACCGAUUUUAAAAGUCGAUGCAAGACAGUUUCCUGUUUCGAUUCAUUUUAAUAAGCGAACUCCUUUCAACUAUAUCGAUGAGGCCUUUAAAAAGACGUGCAAAAUACAUCGCCGACUACCCCGAGGGGCGAUUCUAGUCUUUUUAACGGGUAGACAAGAGAUUACAGACAUGGUUAAAAGGUUGCGAAAAGAAUUUCCUUUACCAAAGGAUCGGAGUACCAAAGAGAAAAAUGGAGACUUGGAUGUUAUCUCAAGAGCCGAUGCCAAACAUGUUGAUUUAGAGGCUGAAGAUAUUGAAUUUAGCGUCGGCGUGUUUGACCAAAGCAAAGAGGAGGAGUCACUUGACGAGUCUGAUGAUGAAGGGUUUGAGGAAACCUUAGAGGAUGGCCAGAAGGCCGAUGAUCCACUUUACGUCUUGCCCCUGUAUUCUUUACUACCCACGAAGGAGCAAAUGAAAGUCUUUCAGGAACCUCCAGCUGGAUCUAGACUAUGUGUCAUUGCGACUAACGUAGCCGAAACGUCUUUGACCAUACCAAAUGUGAGAUACGUGGUGGAUUGUGGUCGUUCUAAGGAACGGAAAUAUAAUAAAAAGAAUGGUGUACAAAGCUUUGAAAUUGAUUGGGUAAGUAAGGCGUCAGCCGGACAAAGAUCAGGUAGGGCUGGACGAACUGGACCAGGUCACUGUUACCGUCUAUAUUCCUCUGCUGUUUAUGAGAACGACUUUCAACAAUUCUCGCGCCCUGAAAUUCUGAGAAUGCCUGUUGAAAGCGUUGUGUUACAAAUGAAAGCCAUGGCAAUCAACAACAUAAUGAACUUCCCAUUCCCAACGCUGCCAGAAAAAGCAUUGCUGUCAAACGCUAUAAAAUUGUUAGAAUAUCUAGGAGCGUUGGAUGAGAAAGAAAAGAUUACACCUGAUGGACAAAAAAUGAGCUUCUUUCCGUUGAGUCCCCGAUUUUCGAAAAUGCUGCUCGUUGGGAAUGAACGUGGUUGCUUACCGUAUGUUGUGUCCAUUGUCAGCGCAUUGUCAGUAGGCGAUCCUUUUUUGAAUGAGCAAGAAUUAGGUUCUCUAUCAUCAGAUAUAGAUGACGAAGUAGAGUCUGUCAAGAAUGGAGCUGCAGGACGACGUGCUCAAUAUCACAAAACACAAAUGAGAUUUAGUAAGCUGGAUAAAAUAAGCGACGUUUUCAAAGUCAUGAGUGCUGUCAACGCUUUAGAUCACGUUAGUCCAGCGAAGACGGAGGCCUUCCUAAAAAAUAACUUUCUCAGACCCAAAAUGAUGGACGAGAUCAAAAAUUUGAGGAGGCAACUCCUAUACAUUGUCAAAGCAAACACGUGCCCUGAGAGCAUUGGUGUUACAGUGACAGACAGCGAUCUGAAAAGUGGCGUUCCUGAUGCAGAUCAAAUAAAGCUUUUAAAACAAAUGAUUUGUGCUGGGUUUAUAGACCACGUCGCUGUAAGAGCGGAUCAGAUAGUUCCGGAUGAAGUUAGGAUUGGUAAUAACUCUAAAAUCACAAGCAUACCAUAUCUGCCUGUUCUAGCACCAAAGUCCCACGAAAUCCAGGAGAGUUUCGUGUUCAUACACCCUGGGUCAAUUAUCAGCUCUGCAGGCGAGUUACCUCCCAAAUACAUCGUUUAUUCUUCACUUCAAUUGUCAGCAGAUCCCGAGAGGGCAAAGACCAGAAUGAAGCCUCUCUGUGACAUUAAAAGCACACCCUUAGCCAAUAUUGCUCGCAAGAGCUCUCUACUUACUUACAGCAAACCAUUGUCAGGCCAGGGUUUGAAAGCGAUCGCAAUAAAUUCUAAUGAGAGGCUCUGUUACGUUGUUCCUCGUUUUGGAGCAACUGUUGAUAGUGAUUUGAAAAUUGGCUGGAAUUUAAAUCCUAUUGCCGUGCAUCAAAAAAAAGAGGCAAGCAAGUGGCUAGUCACUAAAAUUAUCACAGGCAAGGAGUACAAGGCUCUAGAGACUCAAAGACGAUGA